UUUAUUUAUUUAAUUUUUUUUAAAAGCAUUUUUGGAAUUGGGGUGGUGUGUGUGGGUGGGGCGGCUGUGGCUCAAGUGGUAGAACAGGAUGUCCACCAAUCCUAAAAUUGCCGGUUCCAUUCCGGGCCCACAUGACUCGACAUGCCCAAGUGUCCUUGGGCAAGAUAGCAAGUUAUGGCAAGUUAGCACCUGGCGUGUCAGCUCUGCUACCAUUGUGCGCACAUAUUGAUGCACUUUGAAUUUGUGAAUUAGAAUCAGGCUUAACUACGUUACGUUUAGGUUAAUGAACUGUAACGUAAAAAUGUGCAACAGAGGAAUGUCUUCAGUUUAAAGCAAAAUAAGGAGGAAUAUCCGUUAAUCAUUCAGAGGGGGUAGGCUUAGGGCAUAAACAAUCACUUCAGGGUGUAUUGCACUUCUGCGUGUAGAACCAGCCCUAACAGACAAAAAGUAUACCCGCCUACUUUGCAUUACUUUAAGUUUUCCGCUUGCAACUGCACGUGCAGUGUUGAGAUAAAUAAAAGCGACCGAGUGUUUUUUUCCCCCUUCACUUUAAAGAACCAAGAAGAACGAAUCACUCCGGAAUCAUAAACGAACUUUGACCAAGACAUCGCGCCGCCUCCUGCCCACCAAAUAUAACUUUUUGUAUAGUUUUGCGUUUCACGAAAGAAUCCAUUAUAAAGUUCCUCAGUGCCGCAGGAUUAACCGUUUCAAGACGCCACUCCUUUCCCUGUAAACGGAGAAGUGCAAGUGAUAUCUGCCUUCAAGGCUCGCGAGGAUGAGCACGGAUUUUCAGGCACAGCUUGCGGAAAACGCGUGUGAUGAGCAACCAAACAAUGACCAACAGAAAGGGCCAGGAAUUCCACUUGCAAGGAAACUGUGCUAUGCCAUUGGAGGGAUGCCCUAUCAAAUGACAAGUAGUGCCAAGGGAUUGUUCAUGCAGAUCUUCCUACUGGAUAUUGUGCAGAUGAUGCCUUUCUACGUGUCUGUGAUUCUUUUCCUUGGCCGAGCCUGGGAUGCAAUCACAGACCCAUUAGUGGGGUACAUGGCCAGCAAGAGUGGCCGUACUCGCUUAGGCAAGCUUAUUCCCUGGAUUGUGUACUCUAUGCCUAUGGGAGUGAUCGCCUACAUCCUGCUGUGGUACACCCCUCAGAACAACAUGUCUCCUGUCUUCAGCUUUUGCUGGUACUUUGGCUGGUGCUGUAUCUUUGACACAUCAAUGAGUUGCUACCAUGUGCCCUACACUUCUCUAAACAUGUUUUUGGGUGGUGACCAAAAAGACAGAGACUCUGCCACUGGUUACAGAAUGGGGAUGGAGAUGCUUGCGACAUUGGCAGGAGCAACUAUUCAGGGACAGAUUGUGGGGGUGUAUCAAGCUAAAAAAGCACAAGCAUGCAGUGCGCUGAGUGAGAGUAAUGCACUCACUGGAAACUACUCAUCUGUGCUAUACCACAACUCUACCUCUCCUUUCAUUGACACACUACAGGAUACGAGGAGAGCUUAUUUGAUUGCUGCAUUGGUGUUAGGAGUGAUCUACUUCAUGUGCUGCAUUGUGCUGUUCCUUGGGGUGAAGGAGCAAUUGGCUCCACUGAGUAAGAUGGACUGCAUACAAGUGUCAUACCUGACCAGUAUGAAAAUGGUUGUGAGACAUAAAUCAUAUGUGCUACUUGUGCUCGGAUUUCUCUUUUCCUCACUUGCUUUUCAGAUUACCCAGGGAAACUUUGCUCUCUUCUGUACACAUGCAGUUGGAUUGGGGGCUUACUUCCAGCACCUUGUAGUCAUAUUACUGAUGGCAGCCACAUUGUUCAUUUCAUUAUGGCAGAUGCUAUUGGUCAGGCUGGGCAAGAAGACCACUAUCUUCAUUGGGCUAACAAUUUAUAUUCCAGCUCUCAUCCUCCUAUACUGUCAGAAGGGAAAUUUUCUUAUCUCUGCCAUAGGGGCGAUUUUGGCUGGUGCCAGUCUAGCAUCCCUGUAUUUACUACCCUGGUCAAUGCUGCCAGAUGCAGUGGAUGACUUUAAGGUGAAGAACCCAUCAUGCACCGAUCUGGAACCCCUGUUUUACUCUUGCUAUGUAUUUUUUAACAAGUUUGGCGGAGGCAUGUCACAAGGUGUCUCUACACUUGCACUAUACUAUGCAGGGUACCAGCCUGGCGCUUGUAGACAUGACUCUGGAGUGAUCACCACAUUGAAAGUGCUGUUUGUCCCAGUGCCCAUCUGUCUGCUGCUGAUAGGAAUGGUGUUCUUUUACCUUUACCCCAUAAAUGAACAGCAACGCUUGAAGAUCCAGGCCACACUGCGGAAAGCAGUAGAAGAAAAUACAGAGCCAAGAGGGGAGGUUGGUCUUUGAAGAAUUCAUGCUGGAUCUCAAGUCACUUUAUUGGUCUUGGAUGAUUUUCCUUUCCAUGUAGCUCUUGCAACAGUUAUGGAUGCAUGUAAUUUUGAGCAGGAUCUAUGCAGCUAUUCUGAGGUGAAAACAUUUACCAGUGUUUAAUUUGUAUAUUCUUUGUACGGUAAGUCCAGGGGUCAGAAGGAGGAUAAAAAAAGUGGAGGGAGAGAAAACCGUCUCCAGGUCCCAGGGCAGGCACAAAGCACAUCGACACCACAUGUGAGGGAUAAAGAUAAUGUAACAAGUUUUAUUUUCACAACUGCUGGGAUACGAACAAACAAGGCUUCAGGAGGGGAAACGGACAAAACAACAAACAAAAAGGUUCUUUCUAAAGGCUUUUGGAAACAUCUUAUCAUUGAAAAUAAAGACAGAUUCCCUCACUUCUUCUCUGGUCAGAAACAGGAAUAAAGAAGGGUCCUCAAAUAAAAUGGCAUCCCUCUUCCUACAUAUAAUCCCACCAUAAAAAUCUCUAACAAUAAAUUACACAAAAACAAAGGAAAACAAACCAGGGCCCACAGCCUGGCACUAUAUACACAAUUAUAUACACUAUUUACAGUACAAGUUAUUUCCAACAAUAGCAAACACAUUUAAAUAACUUGUAAAAAUCAUUACUCACACACCGAAUGUAUCAACUACUAACCUGGAAAACACACACACACACACACACACACA